AUGGAGGGCUACAAUUGGCCAGUCACUCGCCUAUCUUUCACUGCGCGGUGGUCUCAACAAAUCCCCGCAAACAGCCCGCACUCAGGGCUGACCGAAGAACGAGUGAAUGUAAGAAGUGACAUCCUGGGAAGGGGCACGGCAGCAUCCUGUAAAUGGAAACCUGAACGUCUGCACGCCGAGCCCGAUGACCCACAGGAACAGGUGUGUUCCGUCUCUGAAGCCGUGACUCACGCCGCGCGGCUGCCUGCGCCCAGGGGCGCCGCGCCCGGGGCUUCUGGAGCACAGCGCCCCGCGCGCCACCGGAAAGGCCCCGCCGCCUCAAAACAUUAAUGCCUCACUGAAGACAACAGCGGUAGCUUGUGCCUAUGCCCCCUGCUCCUCGCCGCACCUCCCUUUUUCGUUUCUAAGAAAUGUACCGAGGCCUGCCUGCUCCAGGCGGAGCUGGUCAACUAUGAACGAGUCAAGGAGUAUUGCCUCAAAGUCCUGAAGAAGGAAGGGGAGAACUUCAAGGCCCUUUACCGGUCUGGUGUGGCCUUCUACCACCUUGGGGACUAUGAUAAAGCACUCUACUACCUGAAAGAAGCAAGGACCCGACAGCCAACAGACACCAACGUGAUCCGGUAUAUCCAGCUGACGGAGAUGAAGCUCAGCCGAUGCUCCCAGAGAGAGAAGGAAGCCAUGUAACUACAACACCUCUCUAGACUUGCACUUGCACCUGACCCUGGACUUCUAGGCAUCCCCUGGUGGAGAGCCCCUCCCUGGGUUCUGGUCCUUUCUCCCCACUUCCGUUAGCCCCCCUCCCAGCUCUUCCUCCUGUUGCCCCUCAACUCUGUCUACUCCCAAUGUGAAAAGGAGACACAAAUUUGGAAUCUGGUGGGUUGCCCCGACAAUGGAGAUAGCCGCUUCUCUAGUAAGUCAGCCACUGAGAGGGACCUAACCUCUGUGGGGACAGCUGAGGAGCUGGGGAGGACUCCCACAGGCCAGGAAGCCUGAGCUUCUGCCAGAGGCAGAGCCUGCCGGGUGUACCACCAUCCCAAAGGCAGCAGGCCCAGAGCCCACUGCUGGACCCUCCACACCUUUCUGACAGACCAGAGCAUCUCAAGGCAACUGUGACAAACCCAGGGAUGAGACAAAUACCGGGAGCACUGAUUAAGCCUGGAAAGAGGCCGUGAAUUUGUACACUGGAUUCCCCCCCCUGCCCCCAGCAGCCUCAGCCCCUGCCUCCCCUUCUUGUCUUGGCUUGUGCUUUCUUCUCUCGCCCUCGGAGAUCUGAGACUCUGCCAGGAUUCACAUGCCACUGAAGCCCACUCUCAAUGCCCUCUGGUGACCACACAUACCAUUCUCCCAUCCCCCCAGCAGGCAGCUGUGACAGCAGAAGGGCAGGGUCAAGUGGGCCAAGGGUUGACCACGUAGGUGACGUGGGGAGGGAGAGAGCAUUGUAUAGACUGGGCAACUGAACAGUGGACUAAUUAAGUGUAAAUAAAAAUAAAUGAACAGGCAGCAGUUCCUGUCAUUUCUGUUGGAAGCAGCCCACUCCUCCCUUUUUACUCCCUCCCCCAACUCACUCAGAGCUACUUACAGCCAGGCAGGAUGGGGCUUCCCCCAAAGCACUGGGCCAUUUGUUCGGUGGUAAACAAUAUUGGCUGCCACCUUUGUGCUUUUAGAGUAGGCUGGGGUUGCCGAGACGGCCCAGGGAUUGGGCUUUGUGGGACCUGUACCUCCUCUUUUUGAUGACAGUAGCUGGACUCAAUAUCUAGCACAGAGAAUGUGUUCAACAAAUAUUUGUUGAAUGAAUAAAUUACGACUGCAGACUGGCUCUCCUGCCUUAAACUAAUUUUAUCCAAGACUAGUCUCCUGAUAUCUGUUCUUUAUGCCAUGUUGCUUCAGUCCAAUAAGAAACAUCUCCUGAGGGCUUAUUGUUUGCCUGUCAAUGUGCAAUACGCUGUGGGGCAUAGGACGUGGUCCUGUGGAAGAGCUGAGAAAGACUCACGUGAGAUGAUUACCAAGGACACGUAUCAUUUAUACAACGCUUUAAAUUUUUCAAGCACUUUCAUGUAUUUUUAGUGUGAUUGGUGAGAGACGGUAUUGUAUAAAUUAAUAUAUAUACAGAUGCAAUAAUGUUAAUAGUUAGCAUUUAUUAAAUGCACUAUCCUCAGAUCUUUACAUGUAUAAGCUCAUUUCUUUCAUGCAAUUGCCUACGAGAUAGCAUUUCUGUUUGAUAGAUAAGAAAACUGAAAACCAGGAAAAUUAACUAUCCCAAGGUGGCAUGGCCUUAAGUGGAAUAGCUAGGAUUUGAACCAGGUCUAUCUGACCCCAGAGCUCUAGCUAUGAACUGCUUUAUCGUUAGCUGCUGCUCUACAAAGUAUAUCGAGCAGCUACAACCAUUCAAGAGCAGGACCGUGUAUAUUUUGUUGAAAAGCCUUGAC